UGUAAAUUCAUAAAGAGACAAUUUUCCAGUUAUCUUUCACAAAGCAGAGUGGAUGAGCUGAUACAGUGCAAGCAAAGACAAACUUCCAUGGCAUCAGCUCUUUCUUCAAUCAGUUCGCGCCAUUCUCUCGCUCCAAAUCUUCCCAUCUCCGGGAAUAUAGCUCACAGCAUGUCUGUUUCAACCAAGAAGAGACCUAAAGUACGUGGAAAAAUGAUAAGAGCAAUUGCGAGCUUGAGUGAUUCUUCAGGACCCUUUUCGCUGAAUAGGAUUUUGAGGAGGGAUGUAAUAUUAAUGGGAUUUUCUUCUUCGCUCUCUCUAAUUUUCCCAACUUUAGGCUCUGGAGCCGAGGAAGAAUUGAAGAUGGAUCUACUAGUUGAUGAUAUAAAUGCUUAUUCAUAUUUGUAUCCCACAGAACUGCCUUCCAAUAAGUUUGUUUUCAAAUGGGUGGAAUCUAGAAAGCCGGAGCGUUAUUCAUCAGCUGCACCAUUGUCCCCUGAUGCGCGCCUUCGUAUCGUCUCUGAGAGGGUUGAUUUUAUUGACAAUCUCAUAAUAUCAGUUUCGAUAGGUCCCCCCAAUUCACUAUUCCUGAAAUCUAAAGACAAAAGUACUUGGCGUGCUAAAGACAUUGCUGAUUCUGUUUUAGCAGACAAGUCUGCUCUGCGGGUAACCUCUAGUCAGCGAAUGGAUGAAAGUUCAGUCCUUGAUGCACAUGCUGCUACAGUUGAUGGCGAGCCAUAUUGGUAUUAUGAAUAUUUGGUUCGCAAAUCACCAACUAAAACUGCUCAGGAACCAAACCUUUACCGACAUUUUGUAGCUUCCACAGCUGAACGUGAUGGUUAUUUAUACUCUCUCAGUGCAUCAACUCUAAGCAAGCAGUGGGAAAAGAUGGGACCAAUACUGGAGAAAACUGUGGCAUCUUUCCGGCUUCUCCCCCCUACAGAAAAUUAUGUUCCCCCCUACAAGGACCCCUGGAGAUUUUGGUGACAGCUCUCUUUCUUCAGCUGCUGCAAUCAUGCAUUUUUCUGAUAGCAGAAUGUAAUCGAGAUCGUUAUCUGGACCAAUGAAAGAGUACUAUUUUUCUAUGUGGUUUUGUUUUAGCAAUAGAAAGAUUCCGCAUUUAGCAUAUACCAAAUCUAUCUCUGCCUCCA